ACAGCGAAAAGAUGGCCACCUUGAGAGCAGCCCCCACCAGACACUGAAGUUCCUCCGGACACCAGUCAUAGACUCCAACCUCCAGAACUGGAAGACAUAUACAUUUCUGUACUUUCUAAGCAGCUUGAUCAAGAGCAUCUUGUUACAGCAGUCAGACAGACAGAAAGUGUAGAGGCUGGAGAAAGGGUAAGGGCAUGAAGCGGGGAGAAACUGCAGCUGCAUCAACUAUACUUGAAGGUGCAGUCUGCAGGAUUUGGUGGUCUUCGCUCUGGGCCGAAGCUAGGGCUGGUCUGACAUUGUGGAAAGCAGAGGCUUGAGUUGAGUCCAGGGUAGAAACGGACUGCAGAGGACAAGGCAACAGGCGGCUCUGCCAGCAUCGUGAUGUAUGUAUAGCUUUUCCCAGUGAAGAUGUGCACUUUGUGUUGGAGCCUGUUGGUGCUCAGGGGAUAUGUGAAGUUGCAGCAGCACUGAGCACAAGGAUAAAACCAGGAGAGAAUUUACAAUGAGGAGUAUGGCGACUGAAGAACAAGGUCUUGCCAGUACUAGUUAAGUGCCUGAAGACCUGUCAUUAGAAGAGCGAGAAGAACUUUUGGACAUUCGUAGAAGAAAAAAGGAACUUAUUGAUGACAUUGAGAGGCUGAAAUAUGAAAUUGCAGAAGUGAUGACGGAGAUUGACAACCUGACUUCAGUGGAGGAGAGCAAAACUACUCAGAGGAACAAGCAAAUAGCCAUGGGAAGGAAGAAAUUCAACAUGGACCCCAAAAAGGGCAUUCAGUUCCUAAUUGAGAACGACCUGCUGCAGAGCUCCCCAGAGGAUGUCGCCCAGUUUCUGUACAAAGGAGAGGGCCUGAACAAGACCGUCAUCGGAGACUACCUGGGUGAGAGGGAUGACUUUAAUAUCAAAGUUCUUCAGGCUUUUGUUGAGCUGCAUGAGUUUGCUGAUCUCAACCUUGUCCAGGCCUUAAGGCAGUUCCUAUGGAGCUUCAGACUUCCUGGAGAGGCACAGAAGAUCGACCGCAUGAUGGAGGCCUUUGCAUCCCGAUACUGCCUGUGCAACCCUGGGGUCUUCCAGUCCACAGAUACAUGCUACGUGCUCUCCUUUGCCAUCAUCAUGCUCAACACCAGCUUGCACAACCACAACGUGCGCGACAAGCCCACCGCUGAGCGCUUCAUCACCAUGAACCGAGGCAUCAACGAGGGUGGGGACCUUCCUGAGGAGCUGCUGAGGAACUUGUAUGAAAGUAUCAAGAAUGAGCCGUUUAAGAUCCCAGAAGACGACGGAAAUGACCUGACACACACGUUCUUCAACCCAGACCGAGAAGGCUGGCUGCUGAAGCUGGGGGGUCGUGUGAAGACCUGGAAACGGCGCUGGUUCAUCCUCACAGAUAACUGCCUCUACUACUUUGAGUACACCACGGACAAGGAGCCCAGGGGCAUCAUCCCCCUGGAGAACCUCAGCAUCAGGGAGGUGGAGGACCCCCGGAAGCCGAACUGCUUUGAGCUGUAUAACCCCAGUCACAAAGGUCAAGUCAUCAAGGCCUGCAAGACGGAGGCCGAUGGCCGUGUGGUGGAGGGCAACCACGUUGUGUACCGGAUCUCUGCCCCCAGCCCGGAGGAAAAGGAGGAGUGGAUGAAGUCCAUCAAAGCAAGCAUCAGUAGGGACCCGUUCUAUGACAUGUUGGCCACGAGGAAAAGGAGGAUUGCCAAUAAGAAAUAGGUAAAUGUCAGGAUCCAGACUCCAGCAGAUACACUGGCCUCCCCAGCGGCAGGACCGGGGACGAUGUGGUGCCCACGGGCCCUCCAGAACAGCCAGCCAAGGCCUGAGCCCUCAAGCCUGUGCUCUGGGACAUUGGUCAGCUGGGAGUGUCUCCUUCCUGCCACCGGCCUGGCAUUGACCUUUGGGGACCCUUGUCCACAACAGCACCUGGUGAUACAGCCUCCAGAUCUGCACAGCCCACAUGGGACUCCUGUUCUGGAGCCAGAGCCUCACCCACACCAUGCCACACCUGCUCUUUGGGGCAACACUAGAUGUUCUAGAAGUCGCUGUUUUAUAUCAAAAUGGGAAAGGAAAACCUACCACUUUUUUAUUCAGAAUUUUUCUCAGAUAUAUAGGAUUAUAGCUUUUAUAUGCCUUUUUAUAUUCUGAAAAUUAUAAUGAAAGAUACUUAAUUUCUAACAGUAGUAUUUUUAGAAUGGCAGCUAUAAACUUAACUCCUGGACACACGUAUAUACUGUGCACUGAAAACAGUCUAUAUAUGCAGCCCCCAUGCACUUGGGGCCAGAGCAGCUGGGGCACAGUCAUCCUGACAGAGUGUCAGCUGGGUGAAGAGGCAUUGGGGUGAGUGUGGAGAGCAGUGUGCUUGGGAGAUUCAGGCGUGACUGCCACUUCCCCUCACAUGCUUCUCUAAGAUGAAUCAGUAAGGUACAGCUAUGGCCGGGGUAUUUAUCCUGUCAGUGCCAAGGCCUGGAGAUGGAGUUCCUUCUCUGGAAAACAGGCCACUUAUGUGCAGAACCUCCUCUUGUCUGACCUUCAUACAGGACAGUUUCAUGUGGUCCGAGUGCACAUGGCUCAUGACUUUGGUACUUUUGUUGCUUGCUGUUUCAAACUUGGGUUAAGUGCUAACACAUAUUUUGAUGUAGUAAGCAAGCAGAAGCAGCCAGAAGUAAUCCACCUGUUCUCUGGAGUGCCAUGUUUUCCAACAUUUGACAUCCUUUGGAGGAGGUGAAAAACUGAAGAUGGCACUGAGGGACACGUGUGACAUCCAGACCCCUAACACACACACACACACACACCAGUGCAUGCCUUCAGGGCAUAUGUGCUUGGGCUGAGACUGGGUAAGAUGAGAGGGCCCAUUCAUGGCUUAUUUGGAAAAUGGUCUUCCCCUGCACGUGGAGCUGGUGUUCUGAGAGCCCUUGAAAACCGCCAACCAAAUGCCCUUACACGAGACUUUCAGUGAGCUGUCUUAAGGCUUUUUGCCUGACCUUGGUGGUAGCUGCCAUCUAAGAUGGCACAGAAGGAUGUGCAGGCCAGAGCUCCCUCGCUCGUGCACCAGACUGAUCACUUUUUGGUUUAUUCCCAAGCUUCUAGGCUUUGCUUUUACUGAUACCUCAAAUCUGAAACCCUUGCAUUUGAGCUGCCUGGCUGGUGUGUAUGCAGCCUGGCUUCCAGUCUUCCAUGAUCCCUAUCCCCUAUUCCCCACCCCAGACCUGAAUUUACUGCUGGUGGGGCACCUGUAGGGAGGUAGGAACUGGCAUUUUUUUCAAUCAGGACCAUGGUGAGCCGGUCAGAUGUUCAACCCAGGUGUGGCCCUGGGCAACAGAGCUCUCUGUGGGAUAUUGAGGUCAGGACGUUAAGCAUGAGGCUACCUAAUGUUGUCUUUGAUGCCAUAGUCAUCUUUGAGGGGACCUUGCCUGAUGGCUGUUGGUGCUAAGAAUCCUAAGUUACUGGCUCUUGGAGUAUCCACAUGGAGUCACUUAACUCAGGUUAUGUUGUGACAGUGUUAAACCCAAGGGCAUCUGCCACUCCCAGAGCUUGUAAAGGCUCAGGCACUCCUGCCCUUCACCCUUUGUCUGCACUCGUCAGUGAAGCAUUAAAGCCCUACUCUGCCCAAAGACAGUUCCCUGUCCUGCUGGGCCCUGGGCAUCAUUCCUGGGUUUCAGAAGACUUGAUGUGGUACUGCAGAGUAACUAGGAACCGUCUGGGGAUGGGACUUACUGUGCUUCCUGUCAUGCUGAGUUCAGAGCUACAGGUGUGCUUUGCUGACAAGUUAGGUCGUUACAGACCAGAAACCAUGUUGUGAUUUCUUUUUAUCUUAGAAAACAUUUCUAUUUACAAUAAAUAGUUACUAUGUAAAUAAUGUACAUAUGUAUUAAUUUCUUCAGUGUUAUACAAUGUAUAUACUCCUACAACCUGCAUGAAGAAAUAUCCUAUUAAUGUUGAUAUCAGAAUUUCUGGCUAUUUUAUUGCAAAGCAAACAGCUAGUAAAAUGGAGGGCCUUACGGCUGUCAGAACUAUUGCAAAUACUGUGUUCCCUAAAUAAAAACAUACUGCUAAAACCAAAA